AUUAAACGUCAGAUGUUACUUACGCUCGCCUCUUCGAUUCUGUACGCGUUUCAGAGUUUAGUCUUCUCUAGAUCUCUGCCUUCCUCUGCGCCGUUUUAAAUCUCCGAUUCGAUCGGUAAAACCAUCUCGCUCCGCGUCGUUUUUCAUAGAAGAAAAUGUCGCAGCAAUCGUCGUUGAUCUACAGUUUCGUGGCUCGGGGCACAGUAAUCCUCGUGGAGUUCACCGAUUUCAAAGGCAACUUCACAUCAAUCGCCGCACAGUGCCUCCAAAAGCUUCCUUCCUCGAACAACAAGUUUACCUACAACUGCGAUGGGCAUACCUUCAAUUACCUCGUCGAAAACGGAUUCACUUAUUGCGUUGUUGCAGUUGAUUCUGCUGGGAGGCAGAUUCCCAUGGCUUUUUUGGAACGAGUUAAGGAGGAUUUCAACAAGAGAUACGGUGGUGGAAAGGCUGCUACUGCUCAAGCUAACAGCUUGAAUAAAGAGUUUGGGUCGAAACUGAAAGAGCACAUGCAGUACUGCAUGGAUCAUCCUGAUGAGAUUAGCAAGCUUGCUAAGGUGAAAGCUCAGGUGUCUGAAGUUAAAGGUGUCAUGAUGGAAAACAUUGAAAAGGUUCUUGACCGUGGUGAGAAAAUUGAACUUUUGGUGGACAAAACUGAAAACCUUCGCUCACAGGCGCAAGAUUUCAGAACACAAGGAACACAGAUGAGAAGAAAGAUGUGGUUUCAGAACAUGAAGAUAAAACUCAUUGUUCUUGCAAUCGUCAUUGCCUUGAUCCUCAUCAUCGUUCUCUCAGUCUGCGGUGGAUUCAACUGUGGCAAAUAAGUCUGGGAACAUUUCUUCCUCCUCGUGACUUUCGGGGAACAUCCCUCAUUCACUUCGUUGUGCUGCUUUCGCUCUUUUUUGUGGUUUCUAAAUUCUCAUGCUAUGUUUCUCUCUCUGCUUAGAUUGUACUUCUUUGAAAUUGGUUUUGUAUAGGCCAUAUAUAUGUAUGAAUGUUCGACAUUUUGCCAGCAUUUGCUAUUAUUGGUGGUAUCAACACUGAUUCUUGCGAACCA